UUCUUUUCUUCUUCACUUGUCAGCUAAAACCCUAAAAAUCCUCUCAAAAAUGGAAUCCAAAGAACCCCAAAAUCCACCAAUUGAAUCACAACAAGAAGAAGAAAACACAAACAAAAUCUCCAAAAAAGAAGCUGCCAAACUAGAACGCCAGCGCCGCCGUCAAGAGGCUGCCGCCGCCACCACCGCCGCCAUCUCCACCAUCUCAAUCGAACAACCCGACCCACUUUCCACAAACUACGGUGACGUAGCCCUAGUUGAUCUUCAAUCCAAAUCCAUUUCGGGUCGUAAAUGGACCGAAGUCGGGUCCAUUAACCCGGAAUUGAAGGACCAGGUGAUCCUGAUUCGGGGUAGAGUACAGACGAUUAGGCCUGUUGGAAAAAAGAUAGCUUUUGUUGUUGUGAGGGAAAGAGGGUUUACUGUGCAAUGUGUGUUGACUGUAAAGGUUGAUUUAGUUAGUUCACAAAUGGUGAAAUAUGCUACUAGUUUGAGUAAAGAGUCUAUUGUUGAUAUUGAAGGUGUUGUUUCUAUACCUGAGAAGCCAAUUACUGGUGCCACUCAACAACAGGUGGAAGUUCAAAUAAGCAAGCUUUAUUGUGUCAACAGGGCUGUGCCCACUCUACCUAUUAAUAUUGAGGAUGCUGCUAGAAGCGAGGUCGAGAUAGAACAAGCUUUAAAGAAUGGAGAGCAGCUUGUUCGUGUAAAUCAGGACACUCGUUUAAACUUCAGAAUACUAGACAUGCGCACACCUGCAAAUCAAGGAAUCUUCCGCAUUCAAUGUCAAGUUGAAAAUAUAUUUAGGCAGUUUUUGCUUUCUGAAGGAUUUGUAGGAAUCCACACCCCAAAAUUGAUUGCAGGGUCUAGUGAAGGUGGUUCAGCUGUUUUCAGAUUAGUUUAUAAAGGUGGUGUACCUGCAUGUCUGGCUCAGUCACCUCAACUUCACAAACAAAUGGCAAUUUGUGGUGAUUUUAGCCGUGUCUUUGAAAUUGGGCCCGUCUUUAGAGCAGAAGAUUCUUUUACACAUAGACAUCUGUGUGAGUUUACAGGUCUUGAUGUUGAAAUGGAGAUUAAGGAACAUUAUUCAGAGGUCAUGGAUAUUGUUGACCGCUUAUUUGUAGCCAUGUUCGAUAGCUUGAAUGAGAACUGCAGAAAGGAACUUGAAGCCAUUGGAAAACAAUAUCCAUUUGAACCUCUGAAGUAUUUGCGAAAGACCUUACGACUUACAUUUGCAGAAGGGAUUCAAAUGUUAAAGGAAGCUGGUAUUGAAGCUGAUCCUCUUGGGGACCUAAAUACAGAGACGGAAAGAAAGCUUGGGCAGCUUGUUGCGGAGAAGUAUGGAACUGAAUUCUAUAUACUUCACAAGUAUCCACAGGCUGUUCGUCCAUUCUAUACCAUGCCUUGUCAUGACAAUCCAUCUUACAGCAAUUCUUUUGAUGUCUUUAUCAGAGGGGAGGAAAUUAUUUCAGGAGCUCAGCGUAUCCAUGUUCCUGAAUUCUUGGAAAAACGUGCUGGAGAGUGUGGAAUUGAUAUCAAGACAAUAUCAACAUAUAUCGAUUCUUUCCGGUAUGGUGCACCUCCUCAUGGUGGAUUUGGAGUCGGAUUGGAGCGCGUGGUGAUGCUUUUCUGUGCUCUCAAUAACAUUCGCAAGACAUCACUGUUCCCUCGCGAUCCUCAAAGGAUUGCCCCUUGAAUCCUCAAUUUUCUCAACUUUCUGUUCUUAUUUUACUAUCACGUUCUUGCAUGAACACAGUAAGUAGGUGAGAACUACCCAUACAUUACUGAUUGUUCUGAGGCUCCAUUUUGGGGUGUUUUUAAGAAACAUACAUUUUAAAGUGA